AUGGCGGCGCAGAGGAGCCCCCCGCGGGCGCGGGCGCGGGAGCGGGAGCGGCCUGGCGCCCUGGCCUCAGGAAAUGACCAAGUUCACUCCUGGGCACUCGUCACAAGCCACGCCUUAGACAUCGCGUGGGGAAUAGCAAAGGGGUCGGUGAUGUUGGCGGUUUCCUUCCUGGUGGCCGCCCUCUGCUACUUCCGAAGGCUGCACUUCCAUGUAGGGCACCGGCUGAAAUGGUGGAGUGGAUAUCUGCAAAGAAAAUUCAAAAGGAACCUCAGUGUGGAGGCGGAAGUUGAUUUACUCAGCUAUUGUGCAAGAGAAUGGAAAGGGGACACGCCCCGAGCCAAGCUGAUGAGGAAGGCUUAUGAGGAGCUGUUUUGGCGGCAUCACAUUAAAUGUGUUCGACAAGUAAAGAGAGAUAACUACGAUGCACUGAGAUCCGUGUUAUUCCAGAUAUUCAGCCAGGGCCUUUCUUUCCCAUCCUGGAUGAAAGAAAAAGACAUUGUGAAGCUUCCUGAAAAACUGCUUUUCUCACAAGGUUGUAAUUGGAUCCAGCAAUACAGCUUUGGUCCUGAGAACUAUACAGGUUCAAACGUGUUUGGGAAAUUGCGAAAAUGUGUGGAAUUACUGAAAACACAGUGGACUGAAUUCAGUGGAAUUAAAGAUUAUCACAAGAGAGGAAGCAUGUGCAACAUCCUCUUCUCCGAUGCCAUUCUGGAAUAUAAACUGUAUGAAGCUUUAAAGUUCAUCAUGCUGUAUCAGGUCACUGAAGCUUAUGAACAAAUGAAGAUGAAAAAGGUCAUUCCCAGUCUUUUCAGACUCCUGUUCUCCCGGGAAACGUCAUCCGAUCCUUUGAGCUUCAUGAUGAAUCACCUAAAUUCUGUAGGCGACACCUGCGGCCUAGAGCAGAUUGACAUGUUUAUACUUGGAUAUGCCCUUGAAGUCAAGAUAAAAGUGUUCAGAUUGUUCAAGUUUAACUCCAGGGACUUUGAAGUCUGCUACCCAGAGGAGCCACUCCGGGAGUGGCCGCAGAUCUCCCUGCUCACUGAGAAUGACCGCCACUACCAUGUUCCCGUCUUUUAA